AUGGCCAUCUGCAUCGGGAAAUCUUCUCACUUCCAGGUUCUUGGUAUUGAGCAGGCGCAUAGUGAAACGUUUCGUGAAGAUGCAGGCGAACGAUUACAUUGCGAGACUGGAGAUGAGCGCUGCUCGGCACCGGAUAGCAUGAUCAGAUGAACACAAUCGUCCCUUCCUUCCAUUGUGUCGAGACGCUCGCUGGUUUUAGCGCUUAUCCUGCGAGAGCUAAAUGAGGUGCGGCUGAAGUAUUUGUGCAACCCACAUGCGAGGUGAACUUUGUAGGCGGCACGUCUGGCCAAUUGAAGAUCAACUCCUAGAUGAAGGAUUCAGCUGUGGCGCAGAUCAGUUUGCCAAGACUCGAGCGUCCAAACACCACAAUGCAUCUUCCGUUCGCUUGCCAUUCGCGCGGAAGAGGCUCAAUCGCUGGAGAUGAGUGAUGAAGAAACCAGGAAACCGGCGUGUGACAAUUGACCAUAAAUGGCAGAUCAUAGACGCGCGGGAGUGCCCGUGUUUGCUGCCGGCCCCUUUCAUGCAGUUGUUGUUGUUAGGCGAGAAACACUAAAUGACGAAGGAUCCAAUUCUGUGGGCGAUCAUUGAGGCGCAGAACUUUGGACCAGAACCCCGAGGUGAGAGAGGCUGCUUUGAAAGGGCUGACCUUUCCUUCCGUCUUCACUUCUCGUUGGAAGACGCGAUCACAUCAAGUCAGGCGCAUUCGCAGUCACACCUUGAUUCCUGGAACAUCGACCACAGGUGACACCUUGAUCAUCAUCAAGAAGACCUCCGAAAUACAGCUCAAGCCGACACAGUUCGCGCUCAACCACAUUAUCCUUCACACAAUGGCAUCGAACAUGACGACAGCGGAGAAAGACCACACGCCCGCGCCGGCGUACGAAGCGCCUGGCCACAAACCAGAAUAUCACCACUCAAGUCCUGUGCCGAUGGAGACCAUCAAUCGCGGGCCAGCAGCGUCCCCAGGUCCACAAAUGGUUAUGGUGCCGAAUGUUGCUCCUCCACAGCAGCAAGCAGCGACUCAACUGAACCUCCUGCGCGACCAACCCGAGUUCAUCUGGUGCCCAGCCACGGGCAGAGUCUGCCAAACCCGGCCCGACAGCAAAGAUUCCGACAAAACCUGGUUCGCAGUGAUUGGAAUCUGCCUCAUUUGUCCAUGUGUCGCAUGUAUCCCAUUGAAGGGAUGCUGUGGAGAUGGAAUGUUGCAAGACUGGGACCAGUACUGCACAGGCUGCGGCAAACAAGUCACACAUCGUCCAUACAAUAAGGAAGCACAGAUCUUCGCGCCAGAUCACAACCUUCCCACGAACCAAGGUGGGAUGCCUCAGCAGUAUGGUCAGCAGCCGAUGCAGUAUCAAAAUCAAGGUCAACCGGUGUACGGAUAGAAGCCGAAUGCUGUGUCGAUUUGAGGUGGUUUCUUGGAGCCGGGUACGGAAUGGCGAGAACAGCGGCCUGGGUGUUGAUUGCGGGGACACAGAGGACCUGGUCAUACCUAGUAACGAAUGAUGUUGUAUAGCAUAAAUGAAGCACGGCAAUGGCGGAAGCCUCGUUUCUCUGAGCCAGUCCAGUGGUCCAGUCCGAUGAAGAAAAUCUGCCGCAAUGAUCAAUUGUCGUUACCCGCCGCUGCAGGAUACCGCCUCUUGUGCUCGCCGACGUGUCACACAUUAUCGGACUAGAAGUGGAACACCUGUUGCCAGCCGUCCUUCUCCGCCAAUCCCGAUCAUGAGUAGCCAUCAUAUGGCAAACAGAAACCCUGCUUAUUCAGGGAAGUAGCUCUGUUAUCACAUAUUGAGGUUGCCUGAUCACCAACACCCGUCUGCGUUAGUAGGCUCUUCCCUUUUUUGGCCUGUCGUCGAUUGCGCUGUUCCUUGUAUUCGAUUCCUGUUGAGGUUCAUGUCUUGUAUUUUUGUCCUUCUAGCGGGAAUGAGUGCUGCGAUUGUGAUGUAUUCUCUGCACUUUUUGAUACGUAUCGAGUCGCCGCCGGGAGGUUCAGGGCUCGCAUUGACAUUGAUGUAGUGAACAGAAUUCUGCUGACUCAGGGAAGUAGCUGUACUAUCAGAGACACAUGCCAGAAAGCCAUGCCGCCUGCUCAGCAGGCCCUUCCCUUUUUGGGAAUUGUCAUCGAUUCACCGCUCGACCGUUCGAUCCCCGUUGAAGGCCACGUCUCGUUCUUUUGCCAUUCCAGUAGAGAUGAGUGCCACAGCUUUGAUGCGAUCUGUCUUUCUUUUUGUGACCCAUCGCCGCUCCACGUCAGGAAUUCCGAACGGAGACCUCCUGUCGCCAGCCGCUCCCGUCGGCGACCAUAACAUAGCAGUCAAAAUCCUGCUGAUUCAGGGAAGUAGCUCUGUCAAAGAGUAACUUGUCACCUUAGGGCGACACCCGUCUGCCUAGCAGGCCCUUCCCUUUU